AUGGUUGAUCCAGAAUCAGAGAACGACAGUGGCUCGGAGGAUGAAGAGAGUGAGGACAAGACGCAGGACGUUCAAUGCGGUCUUCGGUGUUGGCAGUGUGGUGAAUAUGAAGAAGAUGGGGAAGUCAUUGCGGUUCCUGCAGAUCACGAAGGAGCUGGAGUGAUCGACGCAAUCAUUACAGCAGUCCAUAAGAGCCUUUCAACCUCGACGCAGCCACGAUCAUUGCACCCAAUCGAGCUACGAGAGGCCCUCCCGGUCAUCAUGACUGCACUACUGGAGACUACCAAGUACCGCAAUCGAUAUUUACCAACGGCCUCUCUUCACCCUCUCACUUGCCCAAAUUCGGAUCCACGAACAUGCUUCACAUGCCAGAUGCAUAAAUUCGCUACGGCAGUCACACUAGCGAAUGGAUACGCUUUCCCGUCAGAGGGAAUCAGCUCCCUCGCUUUAGAGGCCACCAUCAAGCCAAUCGCAGGCGUCGUGGUCGAUGAUACAACAAGCGAAGCCCAUGUCCUCAGCAGUAUCCUAGACCUAUGUCGAAACACCUCACAACAACCGACAGGCCCCGAUGUUUUGCGUCGAAGAGACGGUAUAUUCGAACGAAUGACGAUACAUGUCGAGGUACGAACGGAGUGCAGUCAAUGCAACGGCGUGAGAUACAGUUCGGAGCAAAUGGAUACAAUUCGCGGAAUCGCAGGAAAGGGGCAAGGAGCGGACGUUGCUGCUGCAACAUUUUGGUCCAUCGAUACAUGGGCCGCGGCGAGGGAAGGAAAGUUUGAUUGUCCAGCGUGUGAGAAGGAGACAGAGUGUCUGAGGUGGAGGAGGUUUAGUCGGUUCCCGCAAAUACUCGUCGUCGAGCAGACAAACGGAGUCGUGUCUUCACUCGACUGGAAUGAGAUUAGGGGAUUGGACCUGGAGCGCUUGCGCGCGAUAGGGCUGCAGGAGCACGAGACGGCGUUGCCAGAACCCCGCCCGACGACUCCCGUCAACUCGCGUCCAGGAUUAGAUAUGCUAUCGCCUGCAUGGAGUGGAAAGCCGGGUGCGGGUCGAUCCGCUCGAAAAGGCGAGUUGUUCAAUCCCCACGUCACCAACCAAAGGAACAUCGCCGACACGAAGGCGGAGGGCGGACACGCAGAUGGAAAAUCGAGUGCCAACGCCUGUAAACGCGCAAAGGAGUUGAUGGUGGAGGAGAUCAAGGAGCAAGAGGCCUCUGAACAGGAUAUAGCCGCGAUCUGUGCGCUUGGCUUUGAUCGCGAGCUUGCGAUAGAGGCAUUGGGAGAGACUGAUGGAGACGUGAAAAAGGCGGUAGCGACUUUGCUUGCUUGGGAGACUGCCGAAAACGAAGAAGAGAUCGAGUCCGAGGAGGAGGAAGAGAGUGAAGACGAAGACGAAUCGGAGCAAGGGUCAACCUCUUCAAGUUUUGAGUCGCUCAGAGAGCGGUAUGGCGUCUCGAAGGAGGAUGAAGAGGAAGAAGAGGGGAACAGACGUCGAAAGUGA